AUGCUGUCGCGGUCAGGGAGAGCAGAAACCCGCAGUCGGGCCAAAGAGGACAUCAAACGUGUGAUAAACGCGAUCGAUAGAGUCAGAAAGUGGGAAAAGAAAUGGGUGACGCUAGGAGAUACAUCUGUGACAGUGCUCAAAUGGGUUCCAGUGACUGCCCAGGAAAAUCCUGGGGCUUUGAGAAAAAUUCCAGGUGUCAAAACAAAAACCUACUCCAAGGCAAGAGUAGAGAGAGAGCGAGAGCUGUAUACAGCCGAGACAGAUGCUCAGAUGAGGUCCAUGUCACCUUCCAACAGUAACACAAACACAUCCUCGGCCAACAGCCCUUCAUCCAAGACUCACCACAGCCACCGCCACCACUCAGGCACCAGCAGCAAGAGGCAUAAAUCUGGUGUGGUUACCAACAGCCAGGGAACUGUUGUCUACACAGAAGAAAACACCCAGCAGUCCACGGGCUCAUUCGGAUCAGAGAAUUUAAAUGAAGAUUCCAAUUUAUCGUUUCCUGAGAACAGCGAGCACAGUGAACACACGACUGAGUUCUCUCAUGACAGCAACGACGCUGAUCCUCAGAUGAGAGUCGCAAUGAGUAUGGUUGGCGAUGAGGAGGGAGCGGCCCAGUCUAAAAAUGGCAAAGGGGAUGAAACAAAUGAUUCCAGCCCUCCGGAGCUUGACAGGGAAUCAUCAUCAGAUGAACCAGUCCCCAAGAAGACAAAAACGGGUUUAUAA